AUGCCGAAGAGCCACAAUGAUAACGCCUUUCCCUGGGCCUCGUUGCCUGCAGAUAUCCGACUUUUGAUCCUCGACGAAAUCUCAGACCAGAAAUAUCGCGGCUGGUCUGUGUGCGCUGCUGUCUGCAAAGAAUGGCAGGCCAUCAUUGAACCGAAGAAUUUCUGCCAACUCGCGUUGAAGACCUCCUGUUUGGACGAGUUCGAGUACCUCGUUAUCCGACAAAGGCCUCUUGUCCAGCACAUCUGUCUCAAUGUCGAGCUUCCCCGAUACGCCUGUCCCACUUGUCAACAAGAUGUAACGGUGCCCGAGGUAACGGUGCCCGGAUGUACCUCUGAUAUUUUCUGGAAGGCUGUUCUAAGGCUCUUUUCUACACUAAGUACGUGGCAGCCUGCAGGCCGACUCAUACUCGAACUGAACGCAUCUUCGCCGAGUGACUCAGAACAUUGGUUCAAAAACUACUGUUUUGGACCUGGGCAUGAAGAUAUUGGAGACUGGACCCAGCAAGAGAGAGCUAUCAGAUGGCAUGACCCAAAGCACGGCUGGGCUGAUGGCCAGCAAAUUCAGGCUCCCGAUCCGUCCGCAAUAUUGCGCAUCUUCUCCCCACUCUGCUUAGACGUGCCCCAAAAUCUCCCUGUUGUUCAUGCCGUUACAGGCUUUCAGAUCCAUCGACAACUUCGACAUCAGCUUUUUCCGUUUGUACUGAAGGCAUUAUUGGAGAAACUCCCUCGGCUAGAAAGUAUGGUCUACGAGCUAUGGCGUGUUUCGCUAAUCCACCACCAGAUUGCAGAUACAAAAGAUGCAAAAGAACUAGCCAAUAUAGUCGAGGACGUUCUUCCGGAACAUGUCAAAGAAGUUUCUAUCUUCAAGGACUUCAAUGAUCAACUUGAACUGACACUCGAUAACGCUAGGUCGUCUUUAUACCAAUAUUUAGGAGUUCCUCGUAUUAUUACCUCAGCUGUCCACCUGGCGCUUUCCAAAGCGUUUGCCAGGAAAAGUCAUAACUUGGAGCGUCUUUCUAUUGCAUACAUGAUCGACGCCCAGCAGCUUUUCAUCUCAUGCCGGCAGAUGCCGUGUACCUGGAAUCUCUUGCAGUCAUUGACACUCACAUCCUCCAUUCUGGCUCGGACUGCUUCUCAUCAAAGUAUUUAUGCACUGUUGCAAGAUGCUAGUUUGACUGCGUUGAAUAUGCCGCAACUCAAAAGCAUGGUGCUCUGGAACGGUGGACAGGGACAAGCAUGUGCGGUUAUCUAUCAGCGACGUACUACCAAUGGACUGGCUACACUUACAUGGCGUAGUACAUGGGAUCUUGAGCUUAGUCAAGAUGUUGAGGAGUCUUGGAAGAAGGUUGUCCCUAGCUCGUGCUGCCUACUGUUUGAGAAGGAAUUAUUACGAGACGUUGAUAUUCGGUCACAUGGCGAUGCAAUUCAUCACCUGCGUCUGUCAGAUAGAGUCAUUGAUCCAACAUCACUACGCCAAAUACUCCAGGAGGGAAGGAUGCAAAGACUGGCAUAA